UGAACAGCUUUAGUUUGGGUCCUGCCGCGCCGAGGUCAGGAGGAGGGUGUUAGCUGCGGCGUCUUCUACGUUGUCCUACGCUGGUGCUGAACGCUUUUUCUGUCGCUUCUAAUAUUAAACAAGUUGACAGCUCGCUCGCUAGCAACAGUUUAACCCGGCAUAAUGGCAGUUCCUCCAACAUAUGCAGACCUUGGAAAAUCAGCAAAGGACAUCUUUAGUAAAGGAUAUGGUUUUGGAAUAGUUAAGCUUGAUGUGAAGACAAAAUCUUCAAGUGGAGUGGAAUUUAAAACAUCUGGUUCAUCCAACAUAGACACCAGUAAAGUCACUGGAAACCUGGAAACCAAGUACAAGUGGUCUGAGUAUGGGCUGACGUUUACAGAGAAGUGGACCACAGAAAACACACUUGGAACAGAAGUCUGUGUUGAGGAUCAGAUCACUAAAGGGCUGAAACUCACCUUUGAGACUACAUUUUCACCAAAUACUGGCAAGAAGAGUGGCAAGGUUAAGACUGCUUAUAAGAGGGAAUACCUUAAUGUUGGUGCUGACGUGGAUUUAGAUUUUGCCGGUCCUACUAUUCAUGGAGCAGCAGUGGGCGGCUACGAGGGCUGGCUGGCUGGGUACCAGAUGACCUUUGACACAGCCAAGUCCAGGAUGACGCAGAGCAACUUUGCAGUUGGCUACACAACUGGGGAUUUUCAGCUUCACACCAAUGUAAAUGAUGGUUCAGAGUUUGGUGGAUCCAUUUACCAGAAAGUCAAUGACAGCUUGGAGACUGCUGUGAACCUCGCUUGGACAGCAGGCAGCAAUGGAACUCGCUUUGGAAUUGCUGCCAAAUAUCAAUUAGACUCCAGUGCUUCCAUAUCGGCUAAGGUCAACAAUGCCAGCUUGGUAGGAAUUGGCUACACCCAGACUCUUAGGCCUGGUAUGAAGCUUACUCUUUCUGCACUGGUGGAUGGGAAGAAUAUCAAUGCUGGUGGUCAUAAACUAGGUUUAGGCCUAGAGUUGGAGGCGUAGGAACUGCUCUGUCGUUUUCAGACUGUCACGUGAAUCUGACCUUCAGUGUUCCUAUGGUUAGCAGGAAAUAUAUUUUAAACAGACAAAGCCAAAACCAAACAUAAGCCCAAAUUUGAGACAAAACCUUUUGUUCGUUGUGGUUCUAAUAACUAGUCAGGUUUCACAUGUAUUUAUCGACCUCUGCCAAUUUAACCACUAUAAUGAAAAACCAUCCUCUGGAUAUUGAAAGUUGGCUUCCUUAGUUUGACAAUCCAGGAGUGGUUCCUAUAAAGAGUAAAGCUUGUUAUUUUGCUGAAUGGUUAUCAUGUAGAAUGUAAAUCUGAGCUGCUAUUUUGCACAAUAGAAUACACAUUUAUUUAAAGUCACUUUAUUUGCACAUCUUAUAUUUGGUAGUGAUUAUCUACCAGUGGGAAGCAUGAUUAAUGAAGACUCAAACCAGUCUACUGGUUGGUCUUUGAGUAGCCUAAAUGUGCAGUGUGAUGAGUUAGAACUUCACUUCCCCAUGUAUCAGUUCCUAAGUUGCAAGAAAAGGCUAAGUAGAUUUUGAUUUUCCUCGGUCAAUAAGUCAAAUAAAAGAAUGCGAGCGAAUCAACUUUCCAUUUGAGGAUGGUGACACCAAUCAGAAAGCUGUUUGUGUGUUGAUGUGAGACCUUUACAAUAAAUCCCUGAAAUAAAUUCA